CUGACUUUGUCUCGACAAAAAGCAACUAAGAUAAACACUGUCAAGAAGUAUUUUUGAGUCAUUUGUUUCUGAAGAGACAGCAGAUCUUUGUGACUUUUCCGGGGAUUCAUUUUUUUUAAACCAAAAAGUAUAAUUUAAAUUGCUGAAGCUCAAACAGUAAAAAUGGAUUCCUUAUCUACAGAAGUGUUUUCUUGUCCGGUUUGCUGUGAAAUCUUCAAGACUCCUGUUGUUUUAUCAUGUAGUCACAGUGUCUGUAAAGUGUGUCUUCAACAGUUCUGGAGAAUCAAGAAAACUCAGGAGUGUCCCGUCUGCAGGAGAAGAUCCUCAAAAGAGGAACCUCCAUGUAAUCUAGUGUUAAAAAACUUGUGUGAGUCGUUCCUGAAGGAGAGAAAUGAGGUUUGUUCAUCAGGAUCUCAGGAGAUCUGCAGUUUACACAGAGAGAAACUCAAACUCUUCUGUCUGGAGGACAAACAGCCGGUGUGUUUAGUGUGCAGAGAUUCGCAGAAACACAUCAAUCACACAUUCAGACCCAUCAGUGAAGCAGUUUCAUCAUACAAGGAGGAGCUCAAUACAGCACUGAAAUCAUUACAGGAGAAACUUAAACACAAUGAAAAACUGAAAGGAGAGUUUGAGAAAACAGUUCAACACAUCAAGUCUCAAGCUGAGCACACAGAGCAUCAGAUUAAACAGCAGUUUGAGAAGCUUCAUCAGUUUCUCAGAGAUGAAGAAGAAGCUACAAUCACUGCACUGAGAGAGGAAGAGGAGCAGAAGAAGCAGAUGAUGAAGGAGAAGCUGGAGGAGAUGAACAGACACAUCUCAGCUCUUUCACACACAAUCAAAGACAUGGAGGAGAUGAUGAAAGCCAGUGACGUCUGCUUUCUGAAGGAGUUUCCAGUCUCAAUGGAAAGAGUCCAGAUCUCAUCACAGCCGGAUCCACAGACGCCUUCUGGAGCUUUGAUUCAUGUGCCACGUUACUUGGGCAACCUGCCCUUCAGAGUCUGGAGGAAGAUGCAGGACAUCGUCCAGAACACUCCUGUGAUUCUGGAUCCAAACACGGCUCAUCAAUAUCUUGUUCUGUCUGAUGAUCUGACCAGUGUGAAAUGGAGAGGGAAUAAACAACCUCUUUAUGAUAAUACAGAGAGAUUUGACUUCUAUUCCUGUAUUCUGGGUGCAGAGGGUUUUAACUCAGGAACACACUGCUGGGAUGUGGAGGUUAAAGAGAGUCCAGGCUGGACUGUUGGAGUAACCACAGCAUCAAACCAGAGGAAGGGACGUGAUUUCUUUAACACUAAUGUCUGGAGUGUGCAGCAUGAUAAGUACCAACUGUUAAAAUGCCCUGGUUUUCCUGUUAAACAAGAUCUCGAGAAAGUGCGAGUUAAGCUGAAUUAUGACAAAGGAAUGGUGUCAUUCUCUGAUCCUGUAACUAACACACAUCUACACACAUUCAAAACCACCUUCACUCAAACACUCUUGCCAUUUUUCUGGUGUUAUGGUACAAAUAGUUCUCUGAGAAUCUUACCACUUAUACUGUUUGUAGCAGCAGAAAAUCGCUGAUGUGAUCUGACCAUGCUAAAGAAUCAAUUUUAAAAUGGCACAUUUUAUCUGUGGAAAUCUGAAAUAUGUAAAUCAUAUCCCAAUACAUUUAGCAAAAUUCCCAUUUUAUGAAUAAAAUUCAGUGUUGCCAUCAUAAGUAUAUGAAC